AUGAAAGAUCUGUCCGAAAGUCUCGUUCGAGAACAUCAAAAAUUAGCUCGAUCUGGUAAAGAAAUACUGAUUACCUAUCAAGGGAUAAAAUUGACCAAUGAUCAAAUCGAGAAAUUCAAAGAAAACGAAGGUAAACUGGUUACCGUCAAUGGGUUUUUGACAACAAAUAUUCUUCGUUCAGCUGCAGUCAACCAAGCAAUGAAACCUUCCAAACAAACUAAUCUCACUGCUGUUCUUCUAGCAAUUCAAUGUGACCUAAGACAACUUGGCAACUGUGCUAUUGUUGCUGACAUUACUCAAUUCAAUGAAACAUCAUAUGAAGAACAAAAGGAAGUUCUCUUCGAUGCAAAUAUUACUUUUCGAUUGGACAGUGUGAAAAAAGAGGAAGAAAUUUGGUUGAUAGAAAUGAGUGCAUCAAAUGAAGGUCAACUUAUCAAAGAAAAAUAUAUAAAAGACUCACAUCGUCAAAUACAAGAUUUGAGUAUCAAAAUUCUAUUUGGACGAUUGAUGUGUGAUAUGGGUCAAUGGAAUCAAUCACAACAUUUCUUUCAACAUUUAUUAUACGAUUCUAAUAGCAAUAGUGAAGACCUCGCGAAGCUUGAACGUAGUCUUGGUGAAGUUCUUCAAUGGAAAGGAGAAUGGACUAGAGCACGAAAAUAUUAUGAGUGGGCUUAUGAUCGGAUGACCAACUCCAAACCAACACGGAUCAAAGAUUCAGCAGAUAUACUCUUUAAUAUUGGUGAAAUUACGUAUCUGGAAGGAAAUUAUGAAGAAGCUCAGGAUUAUUGUGAACGAGCAUUGGCAAUACAUAAGGAGUAUUAUUCUUCUGUCAACUUCGAUAAAUCCUAUUCACCAAAUCACCAGUCUAGCAGUCUGUGA